AUGAAUCUUUUAGCCUACUGCUAUUUAGAACGUGUCAUCCGAAAGCUCAGUCUUUUGCCUCUCCCUCUCCCGUCAUCCAACAACGAGAAGCCCGCCCUUGAUCGGACCUUGACUGGCCACAGCAGAUGUCCCAGAUCCGAAUUCGAAGCUGCACCGGCUCAGUGUCGCAAGUUCCACACCUGCCUUUACGUAAGGCCAUCCGUCUCAGCAGUAAACCGGGCUGAAGAAGAGUGUUUCGUCAUUCCAUCCGUAAAUAAAGGGGAUCUAUAG